GAGCAGUGAUCUGACACAAACCCAAGAAGAAGAAGUGGAGCAAGAUGUCGGGAGCGCUGCAUGAUUACGGAACGUUUGGUUCGGAUUCGCUCCGCAUUUAACUUCUGCUGCAGCCUCCGUCAAAUGGCUCACCGGUACUUCCGGCUGUCUGCCGGCUGUGGGCGCCUGGUCCGGUUGCUGCGGCGGCCCGCCGGAGCUCCAGCAAGGACGGUGAUGUCUGCCGGCAGUCCGGGCCAGGUGGAGAAUGGGCCAGACCUGCUGAGCGACCUGCUGGGAGCCUACAGGAGGCUGAGCUCCAAACCACCGCGGGGGUUUGAGAAAUAUUUUCCAGACAGCCAGAAACCUCCAGCAGCCUCUGAAGCAGAAGCUGCAGCUAAAGAGUCCAAACCUGCCAACGCUCAGAAACCCUCUGGGAAGUCAGGAGGAGGACCAGGAGGAGGAGGACCAGGAGGAGGAGGACCAGGAGGAGGAGGAGGCAAACGAGGAGGUCGCAAAGACGAGUCGCACUGGCACAGCCGCCUGCUGAAGGGCGACGUUCCGUGGGACGAUAAGGAUUUCCGCAUGUUCCUCCUGAGCACCGGGGCCUUCUGGACCGCCAUCACCUACUACUUACUGCGGGACGGAGGGCGGGAGGUCACCUGGAAGGACUUUGUCAACAACUACCUGUCCAAGGGAGUGGUGGAGCGGUUGGAGGUCGUCAAUAAGCGCUACGUGAAGGUGGUGUUCUCGCCGGGGAAGACGCCGUUGGACGGGUACGUCUGGUUCAACAUCGGCAGUGUCGACACCUUCGAGAGGAACCUGGAGACGGCUCAGGGCGAGCUGGGCAUCGAGACGGAAAACCGCACGCCGGUGGUCUACGCCACCGAGAGCGACGGAACCUUCCUGCUCAGCAUGCUCCCCACUGUGCUCAUCAUCGGCUUCCUGCUCUUCAUGCUGCGGCGCGGCGCGGCGGGGGGCGGCCGCCCCGGCCGGGGCAUGGGGGGGCUCUUCAGCGUCAGCGAGACCACGGCCAAAAUCCUGAAGGACGAGAUCGACGUCAAGUUCAAAGACGUGGCCGGAUGCGAGGAGGCCAAGCUGGAGAUCAUGGAGUUCGUCAACUUCCUGAAGAACCCCAAGCAGUACCAGGACCUGGGGGCCAAGAUCCCCAAGGGCGCCAUCCUGACGGGGCCCCCAGGGACCGGUAAGACGCUCCUGGCCAAGGCGACGGCGGGCGAGGCCGACGUGCCCUUCAUCACCGUCAACGGCUCCGAGUUCCUGGAGAUGUUUGUGGGCGUGGGCCCCGCCAGGGUGCGGGAUCUGUUCGUCAUGGCCAGGAAGAACGCCCCCUGCAUCCUCUUCAUAGACGAGAUCGACGCCGUGGGCCGGAAGCGCGGCCGCGGUAACUUCGGCGGUCAGAGCGAGCAGGAGAACACGCUGAACCAGCUGCUGGUGGAGAUGGACGGCUUCAACACCGCCACCAACGUGGUCGUCCUGGCCGGAACCAACAGGCCCGACAUCCUGGACCCGGCUCUGCUCAGACCCGGCCGCUUCGACCGGCAGAUCUACAUCGGUCCUCCUGACAUCAAAGGACGGGCGUCCAUCUUUAAAGUCCACCUGCGUCCCCUGAAGCUCGCCACCGACCUGGACAAAGACGCCCUGGCCAAGAAAAUGGCCGCCCUGACGCCCGGGUUCUCAGGUGCCGACAUCGCCAACGUGUGUAACGAGGCGGCUCUGAUCGCGGCGCGCCACCUGUCUGACUCCAUCAACCAGAAGCACUUUGAGCAGGCCAUCGAGAGAGUGAUCGGAGGCCUGGAGAAGAAGACCCAGGUUCUGCAGCCGGAGGAGAAGAAGACGGUGGCAUACCAUGAGGCGGGUCACGCCGUGGCCGGCUGGUUCCUGGAGCACGCCGACCCGCUGCUGAAGGUGUCCAUCAUUCCCAGGGGCAAAGGGCUGGGCUACGCCCAGUACCUGCCUAGGGAGCAGUACCUGUACACCAAGGAGCAGCUGCUGGACCGCAUGUGCAUGACUCUGGGCGGCCGGGUCUCCGAGGAGAUCUUCUUUGGCCGGAUCACCACCGGAGCUCAGGACGACCUGAGGAAGGUGACGCAGAGCGCCUACGCCCAGAUUGUUCAGUUUGGCAUGAACCCCAAAGUGGGUCAGGUCUCCUUCGACCUGCCCCGGCAGGGGGAGAUGGUUCUGGAGAAGCCGUACAGCGAGGCCACGGCCCGGCUCAUCGACACCGAGGUCCGAGUCCUGAUCGGCGAGGCGUACCAGAGAACCCAGCAGCUGCUGAGUGACAAGAAGGCCGAGGUGGAGAAGGUGGCGCAGCGGCUGCUGGAGAAGGAGGUUCUGGAUAAGAACGACAUGGUGGAGCUGUUGGGCAAGCGGCCGUUUGCAGAGAAGUCGACGUAUGAAGAGUUUGUGGAGGGAACCGGCGGCGAGGACGAGGACACGACGCUGCCGGAGGGCCUGAAGGACUGGAACCAGGAGAGGAAGAACAAGGAGGAGAGUCCAGAGGAACAGGUGGCCCGCCAGAUCUCUGGAGGAAUGCCCUUCUAGAUCCACGCCGGUCCCCCUACAGAACCCACACCAAACACAAACUGUUCUGCUGGGUUCUCCUACCACUGCUCAGAACCACAUCUUCUGAUGCUCUUCCAGGAUCUACAGAUGCUCUCCAAAUAAGAACUCUUCUGACGUUACGUUUUUAUUUAAGGAACCCACCUGCAGGGAACCGGCUUAGAACGCUACAUGCUAACACUUAGAGCUGGUCCUUCCCUCUAGAACCUAGAAAUGGGUUCUGUUUCCACUGAUGGACAUGGAUGAUGAACAUGGGUUCCAUAUCAGAACACAACUCUCAGUAAUCUCAAGAGAACUUCUCCCAAGAACCUUGUGUUCUAAUGCAGCUCCCACAGAACCUCUUUCGGGGUUCUGCAGAACUAACAGUCCCGUAUUCUGGAUCUUUUCAGGAACCAACGUGCUUCUGCAGCCGGGUUCUCCAGUUCUUCUGCAACUCUGAGAUGCAUCUCAUACCAGAACCAAAGGGCUGGUUCGUUCUGCCAUCAAAGUUCUGCAGAGGUCCGACCCAGGUGUGUUGGAACCGACAAACGUCUCAGGGUUGCAGGGCUGGCUCUGGAUCUGAGGCUAGAACCUGUCAAAGGUUCACUGCCUGCUGCAGAACCUUUUAUUGGAAACCUGAAGUGGUUCUGAUCCAUUUUAAGAACCUGCUGUUAUCUGUUAUGAAUGGGUCAGAAAUGUUCUCUGCUUUUAGUGACUAAGCUCCUGGGAACCGUUGAGAAGAACCGCCUGCAGAGAGGUUCCAGCAUUUAACUCAAGUGGAACAGAACCGGUUCUGAUCAUUUCUGGGUUGUUGGUAUCAUUGUAAACAUGUGGAAUGAUGUGUAAUAAAGGUGCAAAGUGGG